AACUGAACUGCGAUUUGCUUCGGAGAAUAACAAGAGAGGGAAAGUUGUCAUUGCUAAUCUUUUUGACCUGUCAAAAGAAAAGAAAAGCGACCUUCGCUAAGUUGCUUCAUCAUGACCAACAGCCCGGACAGCAAUUAGGCCAUUUCCUUCCCAAAUCCCCUCUCCCUUCAGCAGGUCAGCUCUCUCUGGUCUCUGCCCGCCAUGGCGGCCAAGCUGACCAAGGAGCAGUCGGACGAGUGCAAGGAGGUGUUCGACCUGUUCGACGGCGACGAGGACGGCCGCAUCGCCGCCGGCGAGCUGGUCACGGCGCUCCGCUCGCUGGGCCAGAACGUGGACGAGGACGAGGCGCGGGGCUUCCUCGAGGACGCGGGCGCGGGCGGCGCCGGCGCCGUCGACCUCCCCACGUUCCUGGCCGUCGCGGCGCGCAAGGCUAACGCCGGCGUGUCGGCCAAGGGCCUGGCCCAGUGCCUGGACGCGUUCGACGACGACGGGAGCGGGGUCAUCCCCGCGGAGCAGCUGCGGCAGGUGAUGCUCACCCACGGCGACCGGCUCACGGAGGAGGAGGCCGACGAGCUGGUCCGCAAGGCCGACCCCCGCGGCGAGGGCCGCGUCCAGUGCAAGGAGCUCGUCAAGGUGCUCAUGAACAACAAGUGAUCCACGAGCUUCGCUGAUCUGAUGCAUUGAUCGAUCGGCCGAUCUGGGGACUGGUGGACUGUUGUCCGGUGAGGAAAUGGUGCCAUGUUUCUUGAUUUGGUGAUGCACUCCUACUGGUUUUGCUGUAAUAUUGGAUUCGAUGCGAAUGCUCUGCGUACGCGAAGUUCUUCUGGCUGCAAUAUGUAUACUGCCUUUAUUGCGUUGUGCGUAUGCAUACACAAAUUGCUUUAACGACGAUUUUGCACAUGUAUCAAA